UUAAGCAGAAAUGAAAUUUUUGCAGAGGUAAAGCAACAGUUAUGGCUAGCAUUGCCUCUAAUAGCCGUAAGUCUAUUACAAAAGACCAUACAGCUGAUAUCUUUGAUGUUUGUUGGUCAUUUCGGUGAAUUAUCCCUUUCUGGUGCUUCCUUGGCUACUUCAUUUGUAUCAGUAUUCGGUUUCAGCUUGUUGAAAGGAAUGGCAAGUGCAUUGGAUACGCUAUCAGGGCAGUCCUAUGGAGCAAAGCAAUAUCAUAUGCUGGGCAUACAAAUUCAGAGAGCCAUGAUUGUUAACUUACUGGUAAGCAUACCACUAGCAAUCAUUUUGGCAAACACAAGAUCUAUUCUUGUUUUUGUAGGCCAAAAUGCUGAUAUAGCUACAGAAGCUGGAGUAUAUGCAAUUUUUAUGAUCCCAGGCCUUUUUGCCUUUUCUCUUCUUCCUUGCCUUUUAACAUUUUUACAAACCCAAAACAUAGUCUACCCAAUGAUGCUCAUCUCUGGAUUCACCACUGUGUUGCACAUCUUUAUCUGUUGGGUUUUGCUAUUCGAAUCUGGUCUUGGAGACAAGGGAGCUGCCUUAGCAAACUCCAUAUCCUAUUGGAUCAAUGUCCUUAUUUUGGCAAUUUAUGUGAAGUUUUCUUCUUCAUGUUCAAAAACCUGGACUGGGUUUUCCAUGGAGGCCUUGAACUCGCAUGAAAUUGUCACUUUUCUAAGACUUGCUGUUCCUUCAACUGUCAUGUCCUGCUUGUCAACUUGGAUAUUCGAGAUGGUUGUUCUUUUAUCCGGCCUUCUUCCUAAUCCAGAAUUGGAAACCUCAGCGCUUUCUAUAUGGUUAACCUGCAAACGGUUAACUCUAGUUUGGAGGAUCCAUACCGGGCUAAGUUCUGCUGUGAGUGUUCGAGUCUCAAACAAACUAGGAGCAGGACAUCCAAAAGCAGCAAGAUUAGCGGCCGGUGUUGUGUUGACGAUGACUAUUUUAGAGGGUUUAUUGAUAGGAUUAUUGUUCAUUUUCCUGCGCAACUUCUGGGGAUAUGCUUAUAGCAGUGAAAUUGAAGUGGUGGAAUUUGUAGCAAAAUCGAUGCCAACGCUUGCUAUUGUUAACUUCUUUGGCGGACUUCAACGUGUUCUUUCAGGCAUUGUUAGAGGAUGCGGCUGGCAGAAGAUUGGUGCUUAUGUGAAUCUUGCAUCCUAUUACAUAGUGGGAAUUCCAUUAGCCAUUUUAUUGGCUUUUGUCUUCCACAUGGAUGGAAAUGGACUGUGGUUGGGGAUCCUAGGAGGACUGGUUGUUCAAGUGACAUUUUUUGUUACUAUUACCAUACAAACCAACUGGGAGCUAGAAGCAAACAAAGCUAUAGAGAGAGUUUAUGAAAGUGCAACUUAA